AAGUCUGCAAGAACUUGCCCGCACCGAUCCAUAAGAUGGCGGCCGGUUGUGUCAUCACCGAGGAGUGCGGCCUGGCGGUGUCUGCCGACCGGAUGUGGAAGGUGGCCUGCGCCGGAGACAACAAGGAGGCACUGCUCAAGGCCUGCGCGGGCUUCAUCGAGGCCGUGGACGUGGAGGGCGACGGCGGGCCCGGCAGCGUCACCACCCUGACGCUCAGCCCGGCGGCAGCGGCGAAGGCGGGCGCCUGCGUGAUAAGGACCUGCCAGGUGGCGCGCGACGACGCGGCGCGAGUGCUCAGGACGGACGUGCUGGAGGGCGGCAAGGUGAGUGCCCAGCUCAAGUCGCAGGUGGUCGAGGCGAGGUUGGAGGCGGACGGGGAGGGUGCCUGCGUGGCCAAGUCGAGCUUCCGCCUCACGUUUCUUCAGAAACUCCGCUUCCAGAGUCUCGUCGGCUGGAAGAACUACCUUGUCAUAGAAUUCGUCAUGAUGAAUCCUCCGGGCGAUGCGGGUAUCAUAGCCGCUAACUGCAUUCAGUAG